CGAAAACAGUUGCGACAUUUACUACUGUGCAAAGGACUACACCAUGGAAAGCGAAUUCUGGAGAAGAGAAUCCUUGAGAAGAAGAGUUAGAGCCCUGAUACUGGCAGGACGAGCAAAACAGCGUCAAAUCCCUUCUGGGGAGGGAAAUGAGCAGGAGUCAGAUCCAACAGCUUCGUAUGUUAUGAGCGAUCAUGACCGCCAGUGUCUGGAGAGCCUACGUGCAAUCGAUCCCGAAUUGCAGAAACAUGACAUCCAGGCUGCUCAAGGGGAUCUCUUGAAACAUUCACCUCGCCGUUUCCUUGAAGAUCCGGCCGUUAGGCAAUGGAAAGAUAGCCAAAAAGCCCAUAUUCUUUGGAUUCGAGGAGACCCCGGCAUGGGCAAGACACCGCUGGUCUGUGGAAUUAUCGAUGAACUAAAGGCGACCAUGAAUAACACCAACAUUUCGUUCUUUUUCUGUCAAGCGUUGGAAACUCGCGCUAAUAAUGCGACGGCAGUUCUGCGAGGGCUUACAUAUAUGCUGGUUCAAAAGCAUCCUUCCCUCAUCACCCAUAUCGGCAACAGUUCCUUUGAGAGGGAGAAUGCGUGGUUCGCAUUACUCAGAGCUUUCACCGAUAUACUCAAGGACCUGCGAAGCACUUAUUUGAUCAUUGAUGCACUUGACGAAUGCACCAAAGACCUGCCCCGACUGCUUCACCUCAUCCAAAAGUCAUCAGCUUAUCCGCACGUUAAAUGGAUUGUCUCUAGCCGCAACCAUCUCAGCAUUAUGGAUGACCUCGAUGACACGACAAAGAUAAUUUCCAUUGAAUUGAAAAGCGACACUCCAUCAGCUGAUAUCUCCUCGUACAUUGAACAGAAAACAGACGUUUUGGCAAAAAAGAAUAACUACAGCCCCCAACUAAAGGAUACUGUCCAGGAUUACUUGAUGUCAAAUGCAAAUAAAACCUUCCUUUGGGUAGCUAUGACUUGUAAAAUGCUCACUAGUGUCCCAGAACCGCUUGUUGAGAAGACUUUGGACGGGUUUGCGCAAAGCCUUGAAGCGAUUUAUGCGCAGAUAUUGGAACAAAUCAUUGAAUCCGACGAUUCCGAGCUCUGCAAGUCUAUCCUAAGAAUCAC